GGGUGGGUGAAAAAUAUAAUCUUUUGGAUACGAUUGGUCAGUUCCAGUUGGUCUUCUGUUUCUGUCUGCUUCCCCCUCUAGGUCUAGUUUGCAUCUCACCUGCGCGUUCUUCUUUUUGGUCUCUUCCGAGUCGUGUUGAGUAGCGAGUCAGGACUCGGAAAUGGCUUUUGAAGAUGGAACAGACCCCAGAAUCCCUAAGAUCGCCUCCGCGAUUCGUGUGAUCCCCAACUUCCCCAAACCAGGUAUCAUGUUUCAGGAUAUAACGACGCUUCUUCUGGACACUCAGGCCUUUAAGGACACCAUUGAUUUGUUUGUCGAGAGGUACAAAGGGAAAGACAUCUCUGUUGUUGCAGGUGUUGAAGCUCGAGGUUUCAUAUUUGGCCCUCCUAUUGCUUUGGCUAUCGGAGCAAAAUUUGUUCCUAUGAGGAAGCCCAAAAAGUUGCCCGGGGAGGUCAUCUCGGAGGAAUAUUCGUUGGAGUAUGGAACCGAUAAGAUAGAAAUGCAUGUGGGAGCUGUACAGCCGGGCGAACGUGCUCUUGUUAUAGACGAUCUCAUCGCCACUGGCGGCACUUUAUGUGCUGCAAUCCGUCUACUCGAGCGUGUGGGAGUGAAGGUUGUGGAAUGUGCUUGUGUUAUCGAGUUAGCCGAGCUCAAGGGUCGGGAGAAACUAGGAGAGACGCCGCUCUUCGUCCUUGUAAGCUCAACCUGAGAAGAUUGACGACAGAAAGAUCGUGUAAUUUCAGAGGAGCCCUUCGUUUUAUGGAAUUCAAGUUAUGAUGUUUUAUGCUUUGUAACAUUUUCUCAGAGAGAGAGAGAGAGAUGAAGUUUUGGGUUUGGAUUUGCUUGAGGUUAGAACCAGAAGCAUCCGAUCAGAAUUUACAUUGGUUGGUGUUUUGGCUCCACCAUGAUUGGAGGUAAUAAGUCCUUUUUUUUAGAUUCAACAGUUCAUCCAUGUUU